CAUCCCGCUCGGCACGGGCGGCUCCGGCCAUGGCUUCCAAGCAAGCCAAGAAGAAAGAAGUGCAACGGAUCAACUCCGCGCACGGAUCCGAUAAAUCUAAAGAUCUCAUAUAUGGAGGUAAUGUGCAGUCCACUGCUGCUGAACAAAGGAAAGGGAAAUUCCCAAUCUGGCCAGAGUGGAGUGAAGCUGACAUCAACGCAGAAAAGUGGGACGUAGGCAAAGGAGGGAAGGAUAAGGACAAAGCUGGAAAAAGCCCAAUACUUCACUUCUUUGAAGAUCCUGAAGGAAAGAUUGAAUUGCCAUCAUCAUUGAAAGUUUUUUCCUGGAAACGUCCACAAGAUUUUAUGAUUAGCCAGACUCCUGUGGUUGUGAAAAAUGAAAUUAUAUUUGACUUGUUUUCAACAAAUGAGCAUUUACUGUGCAGUGAGCUUAUGAGGUGGAUUAUCAGUGAGAUCUAUGCAGUGUGGAAGAUAUUCAAUGGAGAAACUCUGAACAACUAUUUCAAAGCAAAUGCAGGAGAACAACCUGGUCUCCUUUGGAAGCCCUGGGAACACAUCUACUCCUUGUGCAAGGCUGUGAAAGGUCACAUGCCUUUGUUCAACAGCUACGGGAAAUAUGUGGUGAAACUUUACUGGAUGGGCUGCUGGAGAAAGAUAACUAUUGAUGACUUUCUGCCCUUUGAUGAGGAUAACAAGCUACUGCUCCCAUCUACAACCUGUGAAUUUGAACUCUGGCCCAUGCUGCUGUCUAAAGCCAUCAUUAAGUUGGCAAAUGUUGACAUCCACGUAGCACAGAGGAGAGAGUUGGGAGAAUUCACAGUUUUCCAUGCACUCACAGGGUGGUUACCUGAAGUCAUUCCUCUUCACCCCGGAUACAUGGAGAAAGUCUGGGAGCUCUUAAAAGAUAUACUGCCUGAAUUUAAGCUGUCAGAUGAGCCCAACUCUGAAAGCAAAAUCACAGUGCUCAAAGAACCCGUGAAAGAGGUGAAGGAUACCAAAGAAGUGAGAGAUGGAAAGGAAGCAAAAGACUCAAAGGAAUUCAAACCUGAAACAUCCUUAACUACCCUGAAAGGUCCAGAAAAAGGUGACAAAGGUCUAAAGGAGAAAGCAGAUGCAAAAGAACCUGGGAAGAAGAGGAAUAAAGAUGGAGAAAAAGAAAAGGAGAAGGAAAAACUCAAAAUUUCACUUCAUGGUUCAAGACCCUCAUCAGAUGUGCAGUAUUCUAUGUCUCUCUCAGAUUGUUCUUCAGCUACACUGUCUCCUCAUAUGGUCGUAUAUGCUACCUUCUCGCCUCUCUAUUUGUUUGAGAAUAAGAUCUUUACAUUAGAAAAGAUGGCAAAUUCGGCUGAGAAACUUAGGGAAUACGGACUGUCCCACAUCUGCAGCCAUCCUGUGCUGGUGACUAGAAGUAGGUCUUGUCCCCUUGUGGCACCACCCAAACCACCUCCUGUACCUCCCUGGAAACUCAUCCGUCAGAAAAAAGAAACUAUUAUAACAGAUGAAGCUCAAGAUGCAGUAAUAAAGAAGCCUGAACAGUUUCUUGAGAUUUCAAGUCCAUUUUUGAAUUAUAGAAUGGCUCCAUUUACAAUUCCAACAGAAACGCAUUUUGUACAAUCUGUUGUUAAGAAAGGGAUGCCCUUUGGAUCUACUCUAUCUCCCCUUAUGGAGAAUGAUGAUAUUGAAAGUGCCAGCCAAGCAGAAUUGAAUCAAGUUACGGGAAUCUCAUCUCAGGGUAAUGUACCACCUCAGCCUGCACCUGUAAAAGAAGAACAAACAGACUCUGUUUUUGGUGAUGCCCAUCAGCCUGAAGGCUUAGAAAAGGAUUUAGUCAUCCAGACAGAAAUGCAAGAAAAAUCCCAAGAAGAGCUCACAACAAUAAACACCAGGGUUUCUAAAGAAAUCUGGUUAGACUUUGAAGACUUCUGUAUUUGCUUUCAGAAUAUAUAUAUUUUCCAUAAGCCAAGUUCUUAUUGGCAUAAUUUUCAAAAAUCAGAAUUUAAGUUCUCAGAAGAACGUGUAAGUUACCAUCUAUUUGUGGACAGUUUAAAACCUAUUGAACUAUUGGUGAGCUUUUCUGCACUGGUGCGCUGGGGGGAAUCUGGAGCCUUAACAAAAGACAGCCCUCCUGUGGAGCCUGGACUCUUGACAGCUGAGACAAUCACCUGGAAGUCCGUGAAGCCUCUCAGCCUUGUUCUGAGGAUCCACACCUAUGCCACCAAGGCCGCCAUGGUGCGCCUGCCUGUUGGGAGACACAUGCUGCUCUUCAAUGCAUAUUCCCCAGUGGGAUACGCCAUACAGGUCUGCAGCAUGAUGACUUUUGUCAUUGGGGAUGAAGAUGUUGUACUGCCCAACUUUGAGCCGGAGAGCUACCGAUUCACAGAGCAGUCAAUGACAAUUCUGAAAGCUGUUGGGAAUGUGAUCACUAAUUUCAAAGACAAGGAUAAAUUAUCUUCGGCUAUGAAGGAUCUGAAAGCAGCUCACUACCCCAUCCCCCUCCAUAACAAAGAGCUCACCACCCAGCACUUCAAGGUUUUUCACACUUCUUUAUGGAAUUUAAUGAAGAAGUCUCAAACAACCAAACCUCCAUUGAACUUCAAGUAUGCAUUCCGUGCUUUGGUUUUGGACACAGAGUUACUUGAUACCCCCUUGGAGGACACUUCUUUAGCCGAAUGGAUAGAACUUAAAUAUUCUAUGCCGAUAACCGAGAAAGAGUAUUCUUUUGAAGAAGUGGUGGCAAUAGUGAAAAUCCAAGCCGCAUGGAGAGGGACCUAUAUUCGUAUUCUCAUAAAAGCCAGAACACCAGGCACAAAGGAAAAUUCCGCUGUUGCAGAUACACUCUCUAAAGUGUGGGCCGCGAUCGAACCAAACCUAGAGCCGUGUGCACUUUCCCUACUAAGACUCAUGUUUAAAAGCAAGUGCAAGUCAAUGGAAUCUUAUCCAUGUUAUCAAGAUGAAGAAACCAAGGUUGCUUUUGCUGAUUACACUGUGAGCUAUCCAGACCUUCUGCCAAACUCCUGGUUUAUAGUAUUCAGAGAAACAUUUUUUGUUCCUCAAGAUAUGGUUUUGGUCCCCAAAGUAUAUACAACACUUCCAGUCUGCCUGCUACAUGUUGUUAAUAAUGACACCAUGGAGCAAGUGCCAAAGGUGUUCAACAAAGUGAUGCCUCAUCUUUAUACCAAGAAUAAGAAGGGAUACACAUUUGUGGCUGAAGUAUUGACGGGUGAGACGUAUGUGCCUGGAUCUCGAUGGAAACUGCGCCUCAUUGGCUCCUACACCCCACUCCCAUGCCUCUCCAGGGAGUCUCCCUGCAAUACUUUCACCAUAAAGGAAAUCAGAGAUUACUACAUACCCAAUGAUAAGAAAAUCCUAUUCAGAUAUUCUAUUAAAGUGGCAGUGCCCCAACCCAUUACAAUAUACGUGCGCACUUCCAAACCAGACGUGUUCAUCAAGCUACAGGUUCUAGAAAGCGAAGAACCGAUGGUGAGCACCAUCGGAAAAGGCCAAGCCAUCAUCCCCUCCUUUAACUUCCAGGGGAGUGAAAAAGCUUUGAGUUCCCAGUCUAGCAAGCAAAUUCUUUCAACUCAUGUUACACCAAAGAAAGAGCCAGAAAUACUUCCUAAGAAAAGAAGUCCCCAAGCAAGUCAGAAAUCUCUUAAGGGUAGACCUGGCAGUGUAGUCGUAGACACAGGUCUGUCUUUGAUGGAGGAGGAAUCUGUCAUUGUGCCCCCUAUUGAGGAGAACUCAAGCCCACCACGACAGAACUUCAAGUACAUCAUCCAGUGCUUGGUGUUGCGUAACAGUUGGCCGCUCACUGAAAACCAAAUGACAUUUGUUCAGACACUGAAAGAGUUAGAGAAAAUUGAUACCAAAGCUCACAGAGAAAAACAUGAGGAAAUGAUUACUAUGGGAAGCCCAGACUCCCAUGUGAUCAGCGAGGGGCAGAAAUCUGCAGGAACCUCCAGAACGAGGAAAGGGAAAGAAAAGUCUGCAGAGAAGGAAAAGGCCACCAAGGACAAGCAAGCACCUCGCUUUGAGCCUCAGCACAUAACCGCUGCGCAUCUUCAACAAGAAGACCCCAACAAACCCUACUGGAUUUUGAGGCUGGUCGUUGAACACAGUGACUCUGAGUACAUGGACUUGAGGAAAGACACGGAACGAGCAGACGAAAUCCGAGCCAUGAAGCAGGCCUGGGAGACCACUGAGCCUGGAAGAGCAAUCAAGGCUUCUCAGGCCCGUCUGCGUUACCUCAGCCAGUUCAUUAAGAAACCAUCGGAUACCUCUGAGACUGUGUCUACAACUCAAAGCCAAAGUAAACCCACAGAUGAAGAAACACCAGCAACCGACUCCAAAAGUACUCAGAACUUAGACACUAGAGAAAUUCCAGCAACAACAUCAGGGAGCAUGCUAUGGAAGAAGUGGCAGCUGGGCAGAACUUUAAAGGAUCUGUCGAAAUCCAUAAGCAGUGAAAGUGGACUGUCAACCACAGGGAGGGAAGAGCAGACUGGGAGGAAGGAGAAUAUUGCAGCAGCAACUUCUUCACGAUCCCCAGCAAUUCUGGAAACAUCUCCAAAACUCAUUCAUAAAGCCCUAGAGCAUGUGGACUUCAGUCAGUAUGUACGGAAAACACAAACUGAAGCUAUGCUACAGGCAGAAGAGCUGAAUCAGCAGCAAUCAAUGCAAAAGGCAGAAGAAAUUCAUCAGUUUCGGCAAUAUAGGUCCAGAAUCCUUAGCAUUAGAGACAUUGAUCAGGAAGAACGACACAAGCUAAGGGACGGACUUCUGGACAUGUAUGGGGAAAUGCGGGACUCCCUGGAUGACGCCCGGCAGAAGAUCCUGGACAUCCGGGACGAGUACAGAAACAAGCUGCUGGAAGCCGAGCGCCUGCGCCUAGAAGCCCUGGCUGCUCAGGAGGCAGCCACGCGGGCAGAGUCAGAAAAGAAGUCCCCGGUUUCUGACACUCAGAAAAAAAAGAAAGGAAAGAAAAAGUAACCAGGAAAUACCCAGUCCUACCUUUCUCACGCAGAGGGAAGACAUAUUUAAUGCUGAGUUUUCCUGUUGCUAAAGCUAUGAACCACCACCAGAGUUCACCAAUCAAUGCUAGAAACCCAUCGGCACUAGAAAAUUUUCUUAUUUUAGACAUGGCGUCUAACUUUUAAUGUUAUUUAUUUAUUUAUUUAUUUGCUCAGAAAGUACUAAAGCAUUAGAGUUUAAAAUGUCCUCAUGUUAAUAAAAUUGCAAGCAAAUAUUUAAGUUGUAAAGAAAAUUCUAUACAUUCAACUCUGAGUUGCCUGUAUCUUAAUUAGAAAACACAAUC